AUGAGUGAACAUUCAAUUGAGAGUGGUGAACCACUUGAUGAUGACGACUAUGGCUCACCUUAUUACGAUAAUUAUAACACUGAUGAAUUUCUAAAUGAUGAUGAUUAUGACGAUCCGAACAAUAAUACGUGCUGGGGUGAUGCAGAGCAAUUUGUUUAUUUUAUUUCUACUUUAUCAGAAAUGAAAACACGUUUAAAGCAGAUUCUAAAUGAAUUAUCACAACAAUUAAAUCUUGAACCAUCUAUAGUUGAAUUAUUGUUAUUUCUUCGUCAUUGGGAUAUAAACAGUAUACUAACAGAUUACAGACUACGAUCACAUUUAUUGCUGGAAGAAGCUCGAAUUCAACCAAAACACCAUGAUGUUAUAUUUAAAUCGAACAACCACUCAUCAUCAUCCCCACAAUCAACGUCAUUAACGUGUAUGAUUUGUAUGAAAUCUUACCUAAAUAAAAAUGAUUUUGAAUCACUAGCAUGUAAACAUUUAUUUUGUCACGAUUGUUGGUGUCAAUAUAUAGAUAUGAAAUUCAAAAAUGGCCACUGCAUGAACAUAGAGUGUAUGAAAUGUGACAUACGUGUACCACAUAAUUUUGUUCUUCAACAUUUACUAUCAGAUGAUGCAAAAGAACUAUAUGAAAAAUUAACAUUAAAACAAUUGUUCGAUAGUAAUCCACAGUUAACAUUUUGUCCAGGAACAUGUGAACGUAUAUUUGAAGUAAAAGAUAAACGAUUAUCGGGAAGAGUUGAUUGUGAAUUAUGUGGAUUAAAAUUUUGCUUUCAGUGUAAACUUGACUAUCACGCUCCAGCUAGUUGUGAUAUAAUGAAAAAUUGGUUGACAAAAUGUCGGGAUGACUCUGAAACAGCAAAUUACAUGUUUGCAAAUACGAAAGAUUGUCCGAAGUGUCGCGUGUGCAUAGAGAAAAAUGGCGGAUGUAACCAUAUGUCUUGUUUUUCGUGUAAUCAUCAUUUUUGUUGGAUGUGCCUUGGAGAUUGGAAAUCUCAUGAAAAUAAUUAUUAUGAAUGUAGUAAAUAUCGUGGUCAGCCACAAUCUCAAUUAGAAAGUGAACAAAGUCGAGCACGUGAAGCGCUAAAGAAAUAUUUACAUUAUUUUGAACGUUGGGAUAAUCAUGAACGAAGUUUAAAGUUAGAAGAACAAACAAGAAGUAAAUUGUUAGAAAAAAUUGAUAAUAAUAUUAAUUCACAAAUUGGUACAUACAUUGAUUGGCAAUAUUUAGAGCAAGCAGCUGAUUCAUUAGCCAAAGCUCGUUAUACGCUUAUGUACACUUAUCCUUAUGCGUACUAUCUUGAAGAUACUGUAGAUCGAACUUUGUUUGAAAAUAUUCAAGCCCAAUUAGAAGUUGAAAUUGAAAAUCUAUCCUAUCAAAUUGAACGAGCCACGUCACAUAAUCGAGGCGAUAUUGAAAAUCAACGACAUAUUGUUGAAAGACGUCGUCAAACAUUACUUGUUAAAUAUUUUCCAAAAUGA